CACUCUAAACUGAACUCAAAAAUUGGCAGCCAUGCAUACGCCUGAUCGUCUCCUGAUCUGGAUAAUAUUAUCCUUACCAAAGUCUACCUAAGUUGUUUAACUGCCUGAGUCUGGCCAUCUCGUAUCCAGCUCCUUCUGACACAAACAAUCUCUGUCAUGGCAGCCCUGUCGGAGGAGGUGCUGCUGGUGGUGAAGAAGGUCCGGCAGAGAAAACAGGACGGUACGCUUUACCUAAUGACCGAGCGCAUAGCCUGGGGCCCAGAAGGAAAAGAUCGCUUCACCGUCAGCCACCCGUACGCCGACAUCCGCUGUCAGAAAAUCAGUCCAGAUGGCAAAGCAAAGAUCCAGCUUCAGUUGGUAUUACACACAGGAGAGAGCACAACCUUCCACUUUGCCAACGAAAGCACGGCUCUAAAGGACCGGGAUGCUGCCAAAGACCUGCUGCAGCAACUUCUGCCCAAGUUUAAAAAGAAAGCCAACAAAGAACUUGAAGAGAAAAACAGGAUGUUACAGGAAGAUCCGUUACUGUUUCAGCUCUAUAAAGACCUGGUUGUGAGUCAGAUUAUCAGCGCUGAAGAGUUUUGGGCCAACCGUCUGAAAUUGAGCUCUGUAGAUCUCUCCAUGUCCGAUAACAACAAACAGGAAGUGGGAAUAUCAGCAGCUUUCCUGGCAGACAUUAGACCUCAGACUGACGGCUGUAACGGCCUGAGAUACAACCUGACCUCCGACAUCAUCGAAUCAGUCUUCAGAACAUACCCUACAGUCAAACAGAAAUAUGCUGAACACGUGCCUCACAACAUGACGGAAAAAGAGUUCUGGACACGCUUCUUCCAGUCACACUACUUCCACAGAGAUCGCAUUAACACUGGCCAGCAGGAUAUCUUUUCUGAAUGUGCCAAAGAGGAUGAGAAGGGUUUAAAAGUCAUGGUUGUUCAGGGUGUUAAGAAUCCCAUGGUGGAUCUGCAGUCCCUCGAUGAUAAAUUAUUAGAUGAGGGCUACGGCUCCUUAACGGUUCCUUCCACAUCCAACUCCACCAAAACGGUUAAAGAGAAUAGCAACUCGGCCAUCAUCAAACGCUUCAACCAUCACAGCGCCAUGGUGCUGGCGGCCGGCCUACGCAAAGUGGAAGCAUCCACUGACCAGACCAGUGAGACAAGUGGCACCGACGGGAAUUCCAGAGACUCCGACUGCUUUCAGCAACCCAUUAAAAAGGUGAAAUUACAAGAAGCGAUAGAGUAUGAGGAUCUGGAGAAUGAAUCUAGGCCGAAGACAAUUGCUUUGAAUCUUAAGAAAUCUGACCGGUACAUUAAUACAGCUCUAACUGUCAAUCUUACACAAUAUUUUACUUGUUCAUAUGAUGUUCAGUAUCUUAAAGAGCAGCAGUGCAAAUACCUUGUGUGUGUGUGUGAUAUUUAGAAUAUAAUUAUUUUU